CUAUAUUCUAAACGCAGAAACCACUCUUAUUUUGACAGGAUCACUGCCUUACGAACGCCGGAAGUCCGAGGUUUCAUGCUUGAAGUCGCGCCUUUGAUUUCUUUAGCUUUAGCAUAGAAAGGAGUUAUCAAAAUCUUCCGCUUUGCAGUAAAACGUCUGAUGUAUUAGUUUAGUCGAAACGUCUCGAUCAAUUUGUUCCGAGUCAAAUGCAUGUUUUGUGCAUGUUCUGAAAAUGACAAGGGAAGAAUCUGCGCGGCACAUAAAGUCGUUGCUUGUGCACUUGCUUCGCCAGCGACGAGAGUACAUAAACAAUGCACUCGUACAGAGGCGGAAUGAAAUAAACAGGCGAAUCAGACACAGAAAAUUCCUUUUACAGAGAAUGAAAAGGAUGCGCAUGAUGGCCUCAAGAGCGCACACGCGGCCCUGGAGCAUCACGGAGAGCACGGACUGGUGGGAGCGGGUGGUGAUGAAGGAGUUCCAGCCGCGCGACUGGCUAGAGAAGUUCCGCAUGAGCAAGGACACGUUCUUCGCCCUGUGCGGCAAGCUGCAGCCGCGCCUGACGCGGAUGAACACCAACUUCCGGCAGGCGCUGCCGCUGGAGAAGCGCGUGGCGGUGGCGCUGUGGCGGCUGGCCACCAACGUGGAGUACCGCACCAUCAGCGCGCUGUUCGGCGUGGGCUGCUCCACGGUGGGGCAGUGCGUGCGGGAGGUUUGCCACGCCGUGGUGCUGCUGCUGAAGCCCGUGUACCUGCAGCAGCCCAGCGAGCAGGAGCUGGACGAGGCGGUGCGCCUAUUCAGCAUGCGCUGGGGGUUCCCGCACUGCGUGGGCGUGCUGGACAGCCUGCACAUCCCCAUCAUGACGCCGCCCAGCAAGGCCACGCACUGCUGCAACCGCAACGGCUGGCACUCGGUGGUGCUGCAGGGCGUGGUCAACGGGCUGGGCCAGUUCUGGGACGUGUGCGCGGGCUUCCCGGGGAGCACGGAGGACGUGAGCAUCCUGCAGAGCUCCACCCUGUGGACCAUGGCCAGCGAGGGCCGCCUGUCGCCGCAGCCGCCCCGAAACGUCCUGGGCCAGCCCAUGGGCUACCUGUUGCUGGGCGACUCCGCCUACCCGCUGCAGAGCUGGCUGCUCAAGUGCUACCCGGAGUCGGGCCAGCUGACGCCCCGCCAGCGCCGCUUCAACUACCACCUGCGCCACGCCCGCUCGGUGGUGGAGGUGGCGUUCCAGCGGCUGCGCGCCCGCUGGCAGUGCCUGCACCGGCGCAACGACUGCCGGCUGGACCUGGUGCCCACCAUGGUGCUGGCCUGCUGCAUCCUGCACAACAUGUGCGAGGUGCACGGCGACGCCUUCGUGGAGGAGUGGGCGGACGACGUGAGCCAGGCCGAGUGCGUGCAGCCGUGCGACGCGCUGCCCGCCUACAUGGACGACCCCAACGCCGAGCGGGUGCGCUCGCUGCUCUGCGACUACUUCUGCCAGCAGCAGCAGCAGGAGGGCGGCGGGCACAUCCCCGAACACCUCCCCUACCGCUCCGUCGCCUCCUUCCUGCACGUGGCGGAGACCACCGCCGCGGCGGAGUUGCUGACCCUCCUUUAGACCAGUGGCGGCCCGACCCUGUCCCCGGAGAUCUGCCGACCCCGUGGGUUUGUCAUCCCAAUCCUAAUAAAAGCACACCUCAUUCAGCAGCUAGAGCCGGGCUGCCCGACCCUGCUCCUAGGGAUCUACUGUUCCUGUAGCUUUUCAUUUCAACCCUACUUUGGCACACCUGACUCUUAUUGAUUAGCAGCUCGACCAAUAUUUGUAGCUGUUCAAUGAGGUGCGCUUUUUUUUAGGGUUGGAAUGAAAACAUGCAGGAAGACGGUAGAUCUCCAGGAGCAGGGUUGGGCAGCCAUGCUCUAGCUG